UACUAUAUACAUGCGCAAGGAGACACUUCCUAGUGUAGACACUUCCUAGUGUUGGCGUCAGCUCGUGUAUUAUAUCCCUGCGAUCUACUGCAGAUUUAUUCUACUUUCCGGGUAGUUUUAUGAGGCGUAUUUAAACAAGACUUUUAUGUGAUAUUUCAUUACAACAGAUGAUAACACAUGACUAGAGUUUUAAGCAGGGUUCAGAAUGAGGAGCUGCCUACUUAAUAUUCUACUGGUUUCUAACCUAGCCUGUCAAUCAUGGGCCAUAUAUUGUUAUCAAUGUGGCGAUGGAAAAAGCAACGGAAGUUGUCAGGAGGACAUUGCAGGAAUGGCGAAAGACCAUGAAAUGCAUAAACAAAAUGACACAACCUCCAAAGUUGAAGAUUUUGUAUAUCGCAAGAAAUGUGCAGACUCCGAAAAAGCAUGCAUGAUAGAAAGAAUUGAAAUCAACGGCGUUGUUGUAGCGUACAUUCGGGAUUGCUCCGAUGGCAUUAAUUUCUCAAUCAAUGCCAGCCGGUUUCAGACAAUCUCGCCAGACAGAAACGUGACCACCUGCACAUACGUGGAAGCAAAAUUCUUCACCUGUUUAUCGCUUUGUGACAAAGAUUUGUGUAAUGGACCACAGUCAGAUAGUAACACAUCAUCCACCCAGAAAGCGGCGGCGUUGUGGCUGACCAUUGUCAUAACCGCCAUAUUACCACGUCUACUAUGAACCCUCUUUCCAAAUUUCUUCAGAGACAAUGGACAUAUUAAUUCUUUUUUUUUUUCUCUCUUUAUAUGUGAUCUGAUAAAUCAAAUGUAAAAACGCUACAAAGCGUAAUAAACGAAAUGUUAAAGACGAAACAAAACAAAAGAACCUUUGAAGUGGAUCUGUGAGUAAGAAUUCUAUUUACGUCCGUAACAAGUCGUAAGCACAUUCAAACAUUACAAUAAAUCCUAUCAUAAAGAUCUUAUGAUGAAAUCAUUCUUAGCUCAUGUUUAUUGUUUACCUGUAUAUAGUUUCGACUUUAAAUAAAAAUUACUUACUUACUUACUUAGGAAUCAUAUUCUAUAGACAGUAAACAAAUCUAUAGACAGUAAACAUAUAUAUAGUCAGUAAACAUAUCUAUACACAGUAAACAUAUCUAUACACAGUAAACAUAUCUAUAGACACUAAACAUAUAUAUAGACACUAAACAUAUAUAUGGUCAGUAAACAUAUCUAUAGACAGUAAACAUAUCUAUACACAGUAAACAUAUCUAUAGACAGUAAACAUGUCUAUACACAGUAAACAUAUCUAUACACAGUAAACAUGUCUAUAGUCAGUAAACAUAUCUACAGACAGUAAACAUAUCUAUACACAGUAAACAUAUCUAUACACAGUAAACAUAUCUAUAGACAGUAAACAUAUCUAUAUAUAUCCGAUAAUUAAUUAUGAUUAAAUUAAUUUGGUUACUGACACUUGUAAUAAUAAAACAUGUAUAAACACAUCACUUGACCUAAAUACCCACUCUGCAAAGUUCGGUUUUUCAGCUCACGUCUAGCGAUCUAAAGGUCUAGGUCUUCUUCCUGUUGACUCUUUUUCUGUUGUACCUCUGAUUACGAAGUGUGUCAUUAACAAGAAUAGGACCCCGGACAUUGUACAACCCUGCAUCACCCCUAUUGUUAUCCAAAACCCGUCAGAUCCUUCACCUUCCUUUUCUUACGUACAUGUGGAUGCUUCAUAUACGAAUUUCAUUCUGGUCAGCUUGCCUUGGAUGCCAUAAAACUUCAUUACAGACCGAAGUCUCCCUUUAUGUUUAGAAUCAGAUGUCUUCUCUAAGCCUGGUGCAGUAAAUCAAAUGUCUUCUUUAAGACUACUCUAGCUGGCAAGCAAUGCUGCGUUCCACUAGAUACACUGUUCUAUAAUGUUGCGGAGGAUAAAUAGUUGUUCAGUUGUACGUCUCCCCUUCAUAAAACCAGCUUGAUCUUCAUGUAGUUGACGUUGCACCCGGUACUCAAUCGAGUGUAGUACUGAACAGGAUAAUAGUUUACUUGCUACUGAUAGAAGAGCGAUACCUCGGUAAUUUUCACUUACUUAUAUAACACAUAACUUAUAUAACACAUUUUUUGGAAAUUUUGCAGUCAGAUCUUUUUUCCGUGCAGUUGGUAGACCUGCUACAUUUUAAAUAGCAAUCUCUACCCAGAGUUGUCGUUCUUUGCUCUCGCAUCCAUGUAUGUGAGUGUAUGGAAUGAUAACUCUGGGUAGAGGUUAUCUAAAUAGUUGUAAUGAGCUCCUCCAGGUGCCGUGUUUGUGCUGCUUCCCACACGGGUGUUCGGGUUGUGAUAAGUUCUUCUCACCUAAUUCUUCUUUCAUCCUGGCUUGUCUUUGUUGUUAUUGAUGCACUUUUUCUCUCAUUGCUUAGCAAUCUAGUAACCUCAUACAAUGAAAUACCUUUGUAGCAAAACUCCAGACCCAGCGAAAAACAGUUCGUUAUAACUUCAUUUCAUACACACAAAAAGUCGUUAUUUCAUUCUCUUACAGAAAUAAAUAUCACUUCACAAUAAGCGUGGAUUCGUUGUAAGUGUGUUCGUUAUGUGUGUUUUACUGUAUAUUGUCUUCGUGUGGAUGGUCGUUAUAUGUGUUUUACUGUAUAUUGUCUUCGUGUGGAUGGUCGUUAUGUGUGUUUUACUGUAUAUUGUCUUCGUGUGGAUGGUCGUUAUGUGUGUGUCAGUAACCUCCCUGUUAAUCUUAUUCAAAUUAGAUACUGCAGAUUAAACCUUAGAAAUGGUC